AUGACAGAAAGUAUUAUGACAGAUAUACUUGACUUUGAUGUAGAAUUGAAGCCACUUUCCUUUGACAAUAUUAGCUUUAAUAAAGCAUAUGAGUUUGCAGAAGCAGAAGAAGAAGAGGAUAUUAAUAUUUUAAGAGAAAAUAAUGAUACCAAUAUUGACAUAAAUAGUAAUAACAUAGCAGCACUUGAUUCAGAAUUUGAGUUGAAUGAUAAAAAUAAGUAUCUUAUUCAAGAUACUAUUAAUCAUGUAAAUCUUAAUGAUUCUCAUGAAAUCAAUCAAUUACUUUUUGGAACUUCAGUUUUUACAAAUAAUCUUCUUGAGGUUUAUGAAACAACAUUUCAAAAUUUUUUACUGUUAGAUACUAAGAAUUGGGAUGUAAAUAGCAUUUUAAAUAAAAUUGUUAAAAAUGUUCCAAUUGGAUGUCAAGUGCCAUCUUUCAAAGUUGUAAUACUUAGUCUUAAAGAAAAUCUAAACUGUGAUAAAAACAUUAUUGCCAAUAUGGCUUCAAAGCUUGGAGUUCAAUUUUUAGAUAAGCUUAAAAGUGUUAUAGACUAUUUAGCUACUUGUAAAGUUUUAGAAUUAAUCUGGAUUGCUAUUAGUAUCACAAUUUGUAAAUAUUUGAGAUAUGAUUACUUUUAUAAAAAAAAGAGCCACAAUAUCAAGAAAAGAAGUUUUAUAGAAUUUGCAAACAAAUUAUUUAUUGCACUUACUCUGCCAGAUGCAAAAACUUAUGAAAUUUUUAUGUAUAUUUCAGAAAUGACACCAGUAGAAUUUUCUGAUAUAUUUACAUGCUAUGACCUUGGAAUAGCUUGUCUCAAAGAAAUUCUGCAACAAGAUGUAUACAAAAUUGAACCAAGAAACACAAAAGGUUACAAAAAAUGCAAUGUAGUAAUGCACAAUAAUGAUACAACUGACAAAUUAUAUGAACAAACAGAUGUUAAACACCAACAUAGAGUUACAAAUAAUAAUGAAAAAAUACUUCUUGAAGAAUUACUUAAAUUUGAUAUCUUUCCUGAAGACAAAGCUAUUGAAAUGUUAGAAAAAAUUUAA